AUGGUUACGACAUUCUCAACAUCUUUAUGUGAUGCUAUCGAUCGAAAAGAUCCUCCAAGUAAGAUUUCACGAUUGCUUGAGGAAGGUAUCGAUUGUAAUUUAUCGCGUUUUGAUCCGAAACAUUUAAAGUUUAUCUCACCUAUUCAGUUGGCUGCUGAAAGACAAACUUGCAAAUAUGGUACACUUCAUCUUCUCUAUCAAAAGCGUAAUAGCCCAACCAAAAAACAACUUCAAAAAUAUUUGGCAUUCUUUUGCAAUCAUUAUCAAUUAUCGAACGACGAAGAAAAUGAAUUGUUUCUAGAAUUCACUGUUUGUCGUCUUCUUCAUAAUCGUAUUUGUCGAUAUCCAUCAAAAGAAAUGCGUAUUAUAAUUGAAGGCCUUUUAGGUCAUGAUAGAGCCGAAUUUCGUGGAGAAGGUUUGAACAUUGGAUCAACAAAUGAUCUUUUUCUGCAAGUGCGUAUCUAUGCUCUUUUUCAAUGGUUAGUCGACAUGAAAACUAAUGUUUUCAUGAUAUCCGACUCUGAAACAUUCACUAUUAUUGAAAAUGAACUUUUACACAAUUUAGAAGCAUACUAUCUUCUUCACGAUAUUCAGCAUAUUCCUGUACGGAUGAGUGAAAGUAUGGAUUACCAAGAUUUGAAGGAGAUAGAAUCAUCUCUACAAUUACUCAAAUUCUAUGAAAGUAUUGCGAAAAACGUCAUAAAUAAAAUCAAGCAACUUCAACCUCAACAAGAAUAUUUUAUUCCAACUGGUUGGCGUCAUCAUGCUGUCUGUGUUUCAUUUCGACGAAUUGAUCAGACUCACAUCAGUAUUCGUGUUGACAAUCCUAGCCGAUCAAAUCCCUCAAAUAUGCAUAAAACUGAUUCUGUCACAACUAAAAUUCAUCUAAUUCGACCCAAAGUGCUGGGUCGAUUGCAUCUUGACAAGUUACAUGAGAAUAUCAAUUAUAUCGUAUCACUAAUCGAUAGUGUGAAACGAAAUUUAACACCACAAGUUGCAAUUCCCUUGAUAUAUGAUUCUAAUAGAAACAUUAAACAUCUUGAUCGAAGACAUGAAGAAUAUGUACCGAAUAUUAUUGAACAAGCAGAUGAUAAUUGUGUUGUCAAAUGUUUUGAGCCCGGUUUACGAAUACGCUUCGGUGAACAACAUAAGAAACUUUGUGAAAAACUAAUAUUUCAUCAUGAAAUAAGUGUUGCCAAUAAACUAAUCAAGCGAUGUGAAAUGGACUUCGAAUGUUGUGCCAGUGGUUCUUCAGAUCGAUUCAUACGAUUUGCUAAAUUAGAUGAAAUCAAGAAACUAGCACUCACGCCAAAUUCUAGUCUACAAGAGAAAAUGAAAAUGAGCUAUAAAAAACAUUGUCGAUUACUUUCGAAUAUUAUCAACGAAGAAUGUUCACGUCCAUUAAAAGACAGAUUCAUUCAUUUACUAUUCAAAGAAGAAAAAGAUACAGACAUUGAACUCGAAAAUCUCUUUAGAGAACCCCGUGUUCUUGUAAUUGGCGAAGCCGGUUCUGGUAAGACAACAGUCUGCCAAUAUGCAGCAUAUUCUUGGGCUUGUGAAGAACUAUGGGAAAGUCAAUUCCAUUGGUUGUUCUAUAUUAGAAUGCGUAAUUUAAAUUCGAAGCUCUAUCCACCACAACCCAACAACUAUUCUUUGAUUGAUAUUAUUGUGAAAGAAUGUUUUCGAGGAUGCACACUUUCCAAUUUUGAAAAAAAUAACUUAGAAUAUGCAAUCACAUAUUCAUCGAAUAUAGUGUGGAUUCUGGAUGGAUGUGAUGAACGAACUAUUCCAAAUCAUUUAUUUGCGAUUGAACAAGAACUAUUAGAUAAACAAAAUCUUCUUCUGACAUCUCGACCCUACGGAACAAACAAGUGCCACUACGAUAUCAAAGUUCAUAUUCAAACUUUUACAAAUGACAAUAUAGAAAAAUAUAUAAAAAAAUACUUUUCGACAUUCAAACGUAGCGCCGCCAAAGAAUGUUGGUCAUUCAUUCGUUAUUCAGAUCGAUUGAAAAAAACAGCACGUAUUCCUGUAUAUCUUGAAUUAAUUUGUAUUUUAUGGGAUAGUGGAAAAGUCGAUCUUAAUAUUGGAAUGACAACUGGAGAACUCUAUGAAAAAAUAUGUGAAUAUCUCUUACGACGAUAUUUACUGAAAUUCCAUGGUCUGUGCACAUCUGCUCUUGCUGGACAUGAUAUCUUUCAACAUUCAAGUACUAAAGUAUUUACCUAUUUAGAAUAUCUAGCAUUCUUAGCAACGAAAUCGCAUACAUUUUCUAUUAGUGGUCAUCAAAUUUCGAAUGUAGCAGGUGCAUUAUUUCUUUCAUUGCUUCAACUUGGUUUACUUGAACAAAGAUCGCGAGAUCAUGUUCCUGUACUCGUCGAAAAUAUCUAUUAUUUUAUUCAUCGUAGUUUUCAAGAAUAUCUCUGUGCUCGCUAUAUGAGACGAGCAUUGACAUCACUCACUACACAAGAGCAAACAGAAGUAAUGAAAUUCAUUACUGAGGAAAAAUAUAAUCGUAAUAUGCGAGAUACAUUUGAGUACUUCUUCAAUUUGGAUCGUACAAGUUCAUGUACCGAGAAAUUUUGGUCAGCCGUUGAUUGUGAACCACGUGAUUUAAUUGGACUUCGACAUUUUUCUCGUAUUAUGGCAUGGUUUCCUUAUGGAAGUUGUGAAUUUGCUUUUGAUGAUGAAAAUAAGAUUAAUGAGAGAACCAUCAAUGUCAUACAAGAAUGGAUUUUGAAGAAAGAUCGUCGACCGCAUGAUUUUGCCAAUGCCUAUCUGUUUGAAUGGUUUGCCGAUGUGAUUGACAAACAAGUCUGGUUGCAAGCGUGGAAAAAUGAUUUAUUCGAAGAAACUUUAUCGAAUCGACAUUAUUUCAUGUCUGACUUAUGGUCAGAGACGAAUAUCGUUGAGCUCAAAAAUAUCUAUGACCAAAUUCCAAAAGAUGUGCAUGCUCAUUAUCGUUUAAUUCAGAAUGGACCCACCAAAAGCAAUCUCAGAUCUUUAAAGAUCGAUACCGAUUUAUUCACUCCGCCACUUUUUGAGAAACAAAGCAAAAUACAGGAAUUCUUAAAGGAAACUCAAGAUAAAGCCAAACGACACGAAUCAAUUACGAAACUAGAAGAAUUUCAAACAAUUUUACAGAAUUAUUCUUCUUAUGCCAAGUUGAAUCGUCAAACAACGCUAUGUGAUCAAGCCGUAUGGCCGCUAAGAAUUGCUUCAUCUGCUUUAGUUAAUAUUAAUGAUGAAACUUUAAAACUUAUUUUACAAUUGUCUCAACAGAAUGCACUCUUUUAUCGUGAUUUUAACUUACCCAUCAUUCCUUUUCUUGAAUUGUACGGAAAAUCAGUUGGUUUCAAUGAAGAAACUCUUCGUUCACUCAUCGUAUCGAUUGCACUUUCCAGCAGUUGUAUUGUCAUGGCAUCACCUGAACAAACAACUUCAAUUCGAGUUCAUGAGAAUGAAACGUUUGUAAACAUCGAAUUGGGUCAACAUCGUCGAUUGGCAUUAAUGCUCGAAUUCUAUGAAAUUCGACGUAACUACGGAUAUUCUACGUCUUUUUGCUAA